CUUUACCUUUUAGGAAAAUACACUGGGAAACACCUGGGGCAUUUCAACAUCCCAGAAUGAUGACUGGACUAUUGUGACACUGUUUCUUAUCUAUCUUGGUGCAGCAUCCUGGAAUGCUAGCGAUGAGCUGAGAUCGGACCUCAGCCUCUCUCACCUCACCUCUCUGCCACCGCAGACCCCAUCAACGUGCAUAAGUGCGACCGAUGAUCGGGCUUGGUGUCAGUUUGCGCAGCAAAACCAAGACUUGCAGUCCUAAGCUCUACAAGUCCUGCUUCCCCUUACAUUUGGGCGUCUCUCUCCGAAGCACGGCGGAUCUACCCAUCCGCCAAUCUGCCCCAUAGCUGCCUACUGGAUCCUCUAACUUACAAUAGCCCUUCAUGGGCCAACCCCCGAGGCAAGCGCGCUUCCACGACUUUUUACAUAUCGCGCCCCAUAUUUAUUUUCUUCUUGUCCUGUCCUAAUCCGGUCUCCGAUUCGCUGUUGACAUCUCGUGUUGUCGUUUCUUUUCCCCCGUGGAUCUGACUGGUUCGGGCAUCUGGCUGAAGACCGAAAGUACUUACUUAUUAGAGCGGGCUUUCAUCCCUUUUAUGUGAUACACCUGCCGCUGCUUACGUCUCAUGUCGCAUGAACUAUUUUUUUUUGAUGAUCUGCUUCCCGCUUAAUUGCCGCUUCUAAGGUCGCCGUCUUUUGUAUAUGGUUUCUACCAAUCCCAGACCGAACUCUCUUGCCGGUUAUUCUUAUAUGGAUGCUGUCUAUUAGAGAAUACUUCCGUUGAACGCAUUCGAUCUUCUGUUAACGGUGCGUCGGUCACGAGAUGCCAUUUCUUGAUCCACGCUCAGGACCGUCCUACGGCACUAUCGAACACGAAAACGCCAGAAUGGAGGAUGAACGGGAUCAACUGUUGCAGGAAGACUACGAGAUCGAGGGCCAGUCUACUGGACUGUCUACACCGGAUGAAAUGCAGGAGGGAGUCCAAAAGAUUGAAGCCAUCAAUCUGACUUGGACAACUACGUCUUUAAUGGUGGCCUACGUCAGUAUAUUCCUCAUGGCAUUCUGCACGUCGCUAGAAGGUCAGACUGUGAUGUCGCUGUCUGCAUAUGCGACAAGUGCAUUCAGUAAACAUUCGUUGAUCUCGACCGUCCUCGUUAUCCAAAAUGUGGUCAAUGCUGUCAUCAAACCCCCUAUGGCUAAGAUCGCCGACGUAUUUGGUCGCUUCGAAGCUUUCUGUUUAAGCAUCCUUAUCUACAUGCUGGGAUACAUCCAAAUGGCCGGCUCUACCAACGUCCAGACCUACGCCUCUGCCCAAAUCUUCUACUCCGCCGGCUCGACGGGCUUGCAGAUCCUCCAACAAGUUUUCAUCGCCGACAGCAGUGACUUGCUGAAUCGUGCCUUCCUCGCCCUCCUCCCCCAAUUCCCAUUCUUGGCUACGGUCUGGCUCGGGCCGACCAUUGCAGGCGCGGUGCUGCGCACUAGCUCAUGGCGAUGGGGUUAUGGAAUGUGGGCUAUUAUCUUGCCUGCAUCCUUCCUGCCACUCGCUCUUACGUUGCUCUUCAACCAACGCAAGGCCCAGAGAUUGAAUUUGAUCAAAAAGCGGACCAGAAGACGGAUGAACUUGGUCAGCGUCAUGCGUCGGACCUGGUACGAUCUGGACGUGGGCGGACUGGCCCUUUUGUCCGCUGCCGUCACAUUAAUUUUGGUGCCUUUGACUCUUGCGGCCACCGCAAAGAACGGGUGGAAGAAUGUCAGUAUUUUGGUCAUGAUUGCGCUUGGUGUUGUUUGCCUGUGCCUGCUACCGUUCUGGGAGUCUUCACGAAAAUUGGCUCCCAAGCCCCUGCUCUCUCUACACCUCCUCAAGCAGAGGACUGCUCUUGCGGGCUGUGCAUUGGCGUUCUGGUAUUUCAUGGCCUUCUACUUUUCCGUUCAGCCUUAUCUUUAUUCCUACCUGCAGGUUGUACAAGGGUACGACGUUGCCACUGCCGGGCGUGUCACCCAGACCUUUUCUUUCACCUCAACCAUUGCUGCAUUCAGUGUAUCAAUUCUUAUCAAGUAUACCCGACGAUACCGCAUCUACAUUACCAUCGGGUGUGUUGUGUACAUGACCGGCCUAGCCCUGAUGCUCUUGUACCGAGGAGAAGGAGCCUCGCACUUCCAAGUCCUCGGUACACAAAUCAUAGUCGGCAUCGGUGGCGGUCUGGUUAACGUGCCCGUCCAGCUAGGCGUCCAAGCAUCCGCCAGCCACCAGGAAGUUGCAGCAGCCACUGCGAUGUUCCUGACUUCCAUGGAGAUGGGCGGUGCAGUUGGCGCCGCUAUCUCAGGAGCCGUUUGGUCCUCGGCCAUCCCACACAAGCUUCUCCGUUACCUCCCAGAGGAAAGCAAGGACCAAGCUGCUGAAAUCUUCGGCAAGCUGACCACCGCUCUGUCCUACCCAAUGGGAUCUCCAACUCGCAUUGCUAUCAACCGUGCAUACCAAGAGACCAUGAACAGGCUGUUGACGCUGGCUGUCAUCGCUACCCUCCCCCUCAUUCCGUUGAGUCUUCUCAUGGUCAACUACAAACUUGACAAGAUGGGCUACGGUAGCCCCGAACCCCGGAGCGACCCGGCUCCAGUUGAGGCAGAGCCCAGCUCGGAUGACAGACACACCAAACGAACCUAAACCCCAGCAUUACUGUGUGAAUUCACCGCACACGACGAUUACGAUCUUACGACCUGAAGCUUUCUGUGGGGCUUUUUCAUGGCUUAAUCUUUCUACUGCAUCUGGAUACAAACCAGCAAGCGGCGUUUAGGGCUGUUUGAGCAAAGUGUAACAGAUCCCCGAUAUAUUCUGUUCAUCCGGACUGGAGAUGAGCCAGUCCAUCAUAUGCAUUCGGCGUUACUACUUACUCAUGUAUUCAUGUGAUUAGAGGUAUCUAUCUUUCCAAGACUGUAACAGUUCAAUAGACCUGGAUAGGAAUCAAUCCCAAAAGAUUACCCAAG